AUGUCUUCGUAUAUCGAUUUUCAUCCUGAUGGAACUGAUUUUAUUCCUGCAAACUCUGCCGAAAUUCGUGGUAAUCACUCCUCAGUAGUUUCGGCGUUCUCCUGUGUUUUGUUAUGCCAUCAAGAUCCGCAAUGUCGCACAUUCGUCUUCGAUUCAUCGAUUUGUCAAUUAUACGAAGGUUCAUCCGACACCGGCCUUAUCGUUACUUCACCUUCAACUAAUCGUCUAGUGGGUAGUAUCAACUAUGAUCUUGUUCAACUGGCAAAUACAUACAACAAAUCAUGUGAUCAUUGCUUUCCUGAUCGAUAUUUAGUAUACAGAAAUAUUACAUGUCAAUGUCCUUUGAACAGUUUUUAUAAUGGACAAGGUAAAUGUCUCAAUGAACUUUAUCCAGAUUCUUCAAUGAUAUGUGAAGAUGAUAAAUGGUGUCGUCAAACUAUGAGAAUUGUGCAAAUGCCCGUGAUUAGUGGAACACUCCCCAGCAAAUUUUCCUAUGUUGAUGAGUCUUUCAACGCUAGUGGAGUGGAAUGGUGGCGUGCUUUUGACGGCAAUAUAUACACUUAUUGGAAUAGAUUAGGGAGUUACCAAGUAUUAGAUUAUAUAUUUAUAACUUUUAAUGAUUCAUAUUUAUUAAAUUCAUUACAACUAACAGUAUAUGGCGAUGGAGCACAUGAUCCAAAAAUAAUCAAUAUCUAUUUAGAUGAAAAUGGAACGUGUUUAGCUCAAUCAUUUUGGUUUCCACAAACAAACAAUUUCACUACUUUCCCUCUAAAUUACUUCAAUACAAGUGUAAAACCGUUAGCAACAAAACAUGCAUUGUUAUCUAUCGAACGGUGGUCUGUCUAUCAGGCCUAUCUUUUCGAGUUGACAUUUUUUGGUGGCUUAUAUUAA